UAGAACGUAGACGCGACAACGAGUAGCCUUCCAGAUUGAGGCGGUGCGGAAGGGUCGCUCAUCUGAAGUGCUCUUGGAUUCUGUACCUGGAAGGAGGUGAUUCCUGAUGCUAACAUGGCCGACGAAGAAGAGGACCCACCAUUUGAAGAAGAUACUGAAGAACCUGGAGGAGGGCCAGAUGGUGGACAGGGAAAAAGGAAGCGGUUGUUUUCCAAAGAAUUGAGAUGUAUGAUGUAUGGAUUUGGAGAUGAUCAGAACCCUUACACAGAGUCUGUGGAUAUUCUCGAGGAUCUGGUCAUAGAAUUCAUCACAGAAAUGACCCACAAAGCAAUGUCGAUUGGACGACAAGGCCGAGUACAGGUUGAAGAUAUUGUCUUCUUGAUUCGUAAAGACCCACGAAAAUUUGCUCGUGUGAAGGACUUGUUAACAAUGAAUGAAGAACUAAAACGGGCUCGAAAAGCAUUUGAUGAAGCAAACUAUGGCUCUUGAGGCCUUUUUUGAGCUCAUCUCAUUUUCUGCUUCACCCUUUUUGUAAAAACAAGCUCUGUGAAAAAUAGUAAGAACAGUGCUGUACAUUAAUACAGACUUAAGUUGUGAACUGUUUAAGAAAGUUAACAUUCUUUUUAUUAUGUUGUCUUUAAAACGAAAUGCUAAAAAUAUUCUUGGUGUACAUUAUUCCCUAUUGUACCUUGAAAUUUUUAGACUACACCAUUUGAGUGUUAUAAUACUUGGUUUGCAUUCUUAAUUAGCUCAUGAUUUUGUUUUUUCAGGUGUUGCCAAAAAGUUCUAAAGGCCAUAUAGCCAUUAUCUUUUACCUCUGUCCCAUCAAACUUGUCUUUUAUUUUUAAAAACAUGCUCAUAAAUCUCAAUACUUUUAAGUAGAUCUUCUUUCUUUUCUCCAUGCACCAUUUUCAGUAUUGUUUAAAAUUCAAAGAUAAAAUCUUUCACAGAGUACGGAACAUGAUGAAUUCUAUCUAAUAGGAAAGAAAGAUGCCAGACAGUUGGAAAGAGGCAAUACAGCCUUUAUAUACUACUAAAACUCUCAUUAUGUUUAUCUGUUGGUUUGUACUCUCAAGUUAGCCCAAACAGUGCAUUAUACAACAGUUUUUGAAUCAAGGUACCUAAAAUACGCUAACUUAAAGAAUACAUUAAAAAAUCCAGGACCCAUUACUCCUCUGGAAUUGAAAUUUC